UCUUUUCAAAUUUUCUGGGGUAAGUUCUUGUGCACUCUCUGCAAGAGUUUUAUCAGAUUCUCAGAAUUCUUUUGGAGUUUUAUUCUAUGUUUAUUAACAUGAAUUCUGGAUCCAUUUCUUGCAGAUGACAAUUAUGAAACCAUCGGCCUCUUUGGAUACUUGGAGGGGCUAUUUUCAUCGAGGAGAUUCUGAUAUCUUUGGGAUCAUCGAGCAUGCCAUUAUGGUCGCUGCCACUGAUUCCCCAGUGGAGCUCAAAUCCAGGAGAGACGCAAUCAUCGAGCUUCUCUUGAGAUAUGACCAGCCCGAUCUGUCUAAAGCUGGUGACAAAGAGACCAACAAUAGCCGUAAGACCGUGGAGACAGAUGAUGGUGGUCAUGAAGAAGAUGAGGCGAAAUUGAACGUUAAUCAAAUUGUUGAUGAGGUCAUGAGGAUCAAAGAUAUCUUGUUGAACAAACAUGUUGAGGUUUUGUCUCUUUGCUUUAAUUACAUCAGAGGAAGUGAUAUAUAGCUAUAGGGUUUGUUUGUGAUAUUGGUUCUGAUUGUCUGGUUUUGGUUUCUGUCAUCUGAGCUUUUGCAGCCAUCUGUGUUAUUCAAAUCCCUGACAAAGCUUGCCUCCAUGUCUAUCAGCCUGGAUCUUAUUAAGGUUUGUUUCUGGUGCUGUUUUGGUGAUGUAUAUGAUUUGGUAUCAUGGUUGGAUCUGGAACAAUCCAAUGAACAUUGGCUUACAAUUUUAAUUGUUAUAUAUAUAGAGAAAUAAGCUCCUAAAUUAUGAUUUUUUUUUUUAAUUAUUAAAGUUCUUACUAAAUGUUUAUGGUUCCUAUUUCCUAAAAUCUCAGAUCAUGCAUGUUUUGUAUUAAAAUAUGUUGAAUACUGAUUGAAGGGCUUGCGUUCUUGCAGGGUAGUGAAAUCGGAAAGGCUGUUAAUCGCUUGAGGAAACAUGGUUCCGAUAAUAUUAGCAAACUUGCAAAGACUCUUAUUAAGUAAGAGUUUGAAACUUUUUUAAGAAAAUUUGUUUAGUCUCUUUGUGCGUGUACUCUCUCAUUUGUGUGAUGUGCAUCAACACAAACUUUGGUAAAAGGUUCCAAGAGAAUCAAGUCCAUGCAAACUAGCUGCACAAAAGAUGUCUAAAUUUCUUUAAAAAUGUUGCUAGGAGCUACCCUUGUGCCAGUUGAUUACUUACAACAUUUACUCCUAAUAUGUGUAUUGUGUUUGAUGUUUGCAAGUUUAUGUUAUUCUUUAGACAUCAUAAACUUUUGAUAUAAAAUAAUAAAUAAUAGUAAAAUAAAUGUCUCUAGGAACUGCUCUUAUGCUAGUUGGAUUUAGAACAUUUACUCCCUAAUAUAAGUAUUGUGUUUUUAUGUAUGUUAUGUGCAGAAAGUGGAAAGAGAUGGUGGACCAAUUGUUAAACAUACCUAAGGAAGUUGCUGGUAAUAGCUCUCCCUUUAUGUAGCCUAGUCAUUACGAGCAGCUCUCUUUUUCUUGUCCAAGAUUCAUAAUGCAUGGCUCCUGCAGUUGCCGAUGAUGGGAUGCCAGAGUCUGCAACUUUGUCAAUAGUUGAUGAAGCAGAAAACUUUCCUUCUCUUCCACAUGACCUAGAUCUUUAUGCUGAACCUACUGUAUUAGAACUCUCUCAGUUCUUAGAUUCCUUGGACUGUGAUGGAAGUGAGUUAAUAGUAUACUCUUUAGUAUUUUAUUCUCUACUUGAAACUCUUCAUAUAUAUGUUUACACUCAUGGGAUGGUUUCAGAUCUUCUUGACUUUGUGGAGCCCAAACAUGAAAGAAAAGUGCAAAGUAGAAUGAUUAGGAGACCUGUUGGUACAUGUGAAGCCAAUGUGGUUGGGAGGGACACAAAUAAUCAACAGAUGAGGAGAAAAGAAGCUGAUGUUAGACCGAUGAGGCACUCAGCACCCGUUCUUGAUGAGACUAGAAGACAACCAAAGCAAACCAGAGAACAAAUGGUACGUACCAACCAAAGAAAGCCGAAUGAUGUUGCUGAGCAGAAGCGGAAACUUGCUGGAUCUCAACAAGAUAAACUCAAAGUUCUUGAUCAAGAGGCAAAGUUUGAGAAUGCAAAGCGGAGACUCCAAGAGAGCUACCAACAACAUGAGAAGGGUUAGUCAUUCUCUUCUUGCAUUUUUGAUAUUUCUACUCUUUUCAAUAUUUCAACUCUUGAUGCCUCUUUAAUUUUCUGUCAGCCAAGAGACAGAGGAAGAUACAAGUACUGGAAACUAUCCCAAAUCAAAGCAAAGCCCAGAGACCUCUACUCAAGAGACCCGUGCGAAGAUAGUUACAUUUUUCUUUGGGAGCAUGAAGUUAUUCUAUACAGUUACUAUGAUGACCAUUCACAGCUUAUGAUCGAAGUUAACAUAUUAUUAAUCAUGAUUACUGAUGAUAAUUUGUGUAACUCUAAUGUAGAAAACUUCAAUGAUUUUCUAGUUGUCUUGUAAACAAAGAACGUGGAAGAUCUUCAUCAGUCCCUAGUCAGGGCCUGUCUUAAGAUUUGAAGAGCUAUAGACAAUUUAUUUUAACAAUUUUGAGGGAUUAUGUUUAAGUAUAUGACCCUUACAAUUUUGGGGUUUUAUAUAAUGUUUUACUUGUCUAUGGCUCAUGAUAAACUGAAUGAUAUUAAACUGAGUUCGGUUUAUUAUUGAUCUCGGUUUACACGAACCAAAUCCAACAAAAACGGUCGAUGAUAAAUGUUGACCCCGGUGGUAAUCCGGUUUAAAAACGGUUUGGUAAUCCGGUUUAAAUGCGGUUGCGAUUUAUUUAUAUCGUAUCAUGAAUUGUUGGGAUUGUGUGAAGAAGUGGAAAAAUGGGGAAGCAGCCGGUGAACCUAAACAUAUUGCCAAUUACAAAACAAACUUCAAUAUUUAAUUGACAGAUCUUCUAUUUUAUAUAUAUAACAUGUUUAGGUUAAAUAUUUGUUAAAAUGCGUGUAACCUAAAACUUGUCAAGGCCGACUCUGAUUUUUACCUUUGUCGUUGUUUUUCUUUUAAUACUUAGCUACACUGUAGUUUCUGUCCAUGCUUCAAUAUGAACUUGGUCCAAAAAAACAGUACAUUUUUCUGAUAGUGGUAUUUACGUUUGGUUCACGAUGAUGUUAUAUAGAUUACAAUUGCCAAAUUUCCAAAGUCAUGAAUAGCUUUUGAGUAGUCCAAGUUAACUAAGGAUAUGUACGCGUAAUUUUAUAGCUAAACUAGUCUCAAAUAAAUGGUAAAAGCAGAAGUUAACCUGUCAUUGAACUCAGAACUUGGAGUCGUUUAUAUGGACUUAAAGUACUAUUACUCUAUUUUUAUGGCUCUAAUACCAUUAAGAAAAAAUUACGCAAGAGAACUAAGCAGGAAGAGGGGAGUAAGAGAUACCUGAUUACCGUCACUGCAUAGAAUGUCGUUGCACUCACCGCGCCGUCCCUCAGGAACCGAGACAAUGCUGGUGACUUUCCCCCAGGUGGCCAGAGAAGAUUGAGUGGUAUGGAGAGGCCAAAGAGCGAGAGUAAGAUCAUUGUAUACCAUAUUCCUCUGUAUACAAUCACGUCUCUUCUACUCAUUUCAAUCGUCUCCACUGUAUGAUAUAUAUGUUCUCUACUCUCUUACACCCUAGCCUUGCUAUAUAUAUAUAUAGUAAUCAGUAAGUAAUAGGCAGGGACUGAACUAGGUUAUUGAGGGGUUUAGAUUAUGCAGUACUAAGAGAUCUUCACAAUCACAACUGACAAAUAACUUUUAAAUAACUAAAUCAAUAGACGGUGUUUAGAAACUAAAUCAAUAGACUUAUCAGUUAUGUUGAAAUUUUAUGGUGAUUUUUGUUUCUCGCAAUUUACACCAGUUAUGUUGAAAUUUUAGUUAAAUUAUUGAUAGGUGGAUUCCACUUUUUUCCUCUAAAUUCUUCAUGGAUGAAUGAAUUCGUAAAAAAAAAAUUUCCUCUGCAAUUUUUAUGAAGAACAAAAUGAACAAAAAUUCAUAUUUUUUUUAUUUUUUCAAUUCUUGAAAUGAAAUGAAAUUUUUCGGUUUGUUCAUUUUUUCCAUUCUUCCGGUGGUAUUCUUGGGAGAAUUAGGAUUUCCAAGAAGAUCUUCUAUCCAUGAUCACAAAAUUAACCAAAACAAGUAACACAUUUAUUUACUAAGUCACUAUAAUGUUAAGGAAAAAUUGGAAAAUAUCAUUUAAGAAAGUUGUUGACCAAAAAAAAAAAAAAUCAUUUAAGAAAGUUGUAGUAGUGGACAUUGAGUACUCUGUAGUUCUAGUAUCUCCAUAAAUAAUUAAACAUCUUAUGAUUGUCGUUGAAUUAGGAUUCUUGAUGUGUUUUUUUUUCAGAUUAUGCAGUGCUAAAUAAGAGAAUGACAAUCACGGCUAACAAAAAAAAAUAUGAAUAUACUUAUAUACGUUUGUAAAUACUAACAAAUUAAGUUAGAGUGUAUGCGGAUCAUCCUCAGAUCCUUUAUCUCCAUAAAGAGAAAUCUCAUACAAAGAAUCAAAUUUACAAAAAUGAUCUCAUGAACAGUAUGAUCAUUUCAGAGAAGGAGGGGAAGAGUUUCUAGAAGAUGAGUAUGGUUCCGAAUGAAAAUUAAAAGUGUCCACACAAGAUGACUGAAUUGAGAGACCGAUUUUAACCAUUUAUAGGAUACGUCUGAUUUAACCAUUAAACUCACCAAGCAAUGCUUGGACCAACAAUGAGUCAACUUUGGGCCAUAGUUCAUAAUUUUGUUUGAUUCUGUUUUAUUUAAUGAGUCACUAAAUUACCCAUUUUCAUAACUUAGCAACAAACAAAUACCAACAUAAAGCCCUUUUACCAAAAAAAAAAAACAAAUACCAACAUAAAUAAAAUCUUAACUA